CCUGAGCUCUGAGUGGAGCUGUCUCUCCUCUGUCGCCCUCUAACAGCCGCCUUCCAUUGCUCUGCUCCAGCAGCGGACCGACCAGGCCCCUGGCAGCCGCUGCACUGUGGCCGCGAGCCGGCCUGAUUCCCACCGCAGACCCCGGCAGGUGCGACGGCGGCGGAACCACCGGACCGAACCACCCCGCUCAUGGAGGCUGGAUUGACGGGCUGCCCCGCGGGGAGGAGAGGCCCUGACUGCGGAUGAAGCACCGAGCAAAGUGCGACACACACACACGCUCAUGCACAUCACACACGGGCCUGUCUUGCUGUGCAACUUUGCGUGCGUGUGCGUGCGGGGGCUCCCGGCGGGUAAUCAGAGGUGAGGCUGCUGACAUUAUUGUCUGAGGAGGGGGCGCGCACCCGGCAGCAGCAGCUCCUAGUGCUGUCAGACGAGGAAGUGGAGCUUCACGCACACACGCACACGCCCAUUUCAGCGUGCUCGGACAGCUCGGAGCUUCAUCUUCAUCACCCUUCAUCACGAACAUGCGCCGCCGGGAAUAACCUGCAGGACGACGCCGAUUUCAGAGUGUUGAAGGAUGGACCGGGAGCUGCUUCGACCGACCCAGUCCAACCACGGAGGCGCCACCAAUGGAACCAGCCCUCAGGCCUCCAGUGCCACCACGGUCGACUCCUCCUCCUCCCCCACCACUCCCACCCCUCCUCGGCUCACACCCAACCCCCUGCUCCUGGACUCCCCAGCGCCCACGCUAACACCCACCACCUCCUCCCCUCCUCCCCCUCUCACCCCUGCUCCCUCCGUCUCUGGGACCCAUGGCCCCAAGGUGGCGGCGGCGUCUCCUCACAUCCUUGUCCCUGCUCCCCCUAAACUCAGCUCCACCGUGACCCCCGCCCUCCGCACGUACUCUCGUCCGAUCCUUCCCUCCCCCACGACGGGUGUCUCCAAAACAUCUCCUCCUGCGCAAGCCUCUGCUUCGUCCUCCCUUCUCCCUCCAUCCGCCCCUUCCUCCUCUCACGCUGUCAGCACCACGGCCUCCCCUCUCGUCUCCUCCUCCUCCACCGCCAUGUCAACAAAGACCUCCACCAGCCUUACCAACGGGAACAUGAGGCCCGGAUCAACGCCAACCUCCACGCCAAUCACGCCAUUUCACACACCAGCCAGUCCACCUGGCCGACAGGUGUCUCAGGCUCAUCCUGUGGUCUCACCUGGUCUUGUGCGAGCCAAUCAGAUCCCCUCCCCUGUCAGGCAGAGGGUAUCCCAGCAGACACUGCUCCUGGGGAAAGGUCUCAAAGGGUCUGGCCCAGACCAGGUGCUGCUUAGAGCUCAGAUGCUGAUUCUUACUUCUGCCAUGCGACCCGCCCCAUCUUCCUCCUCUUCUUCCUCCUGCUCUUCCUCCCCGUCCUCUAGCCCCGCCUCCGCUCAGCUCCAGAGUCUCACCCUGAGGCCUCCUCACCCCCGGGCCCUCGCCAUCCCCCCGACGCUCCGUCUCAAGCCCACCUCCUCAGCUCCGCCGCCCCUCUCUCGCCCUCACGCGCCGCUCUUCCCCCCUCUCAGGCCACGACCACAGCCCAGCACCACGGCAACGGAGAGCCCGACCACGCCCUGCCGCCACCUCUCUGUCCCGCCUCCAACUCUCUACUCUCCCGUCCGAGCCGUCCCUCUGAGGCCCAGACUUCACUCUCCAAACGGUCACAGAGCGACGUCGCCCCGGCAGACCUCCAUCCUCAAGCCAAUCGCUGCUGCUCCCUCCAGUCAGGCCCCUCCCAUCAUCAGCAGGCCGCUGUGCAGACUGAAGAACUGUCCAUUAACUCAAACUGUGCUCGGUCCCGGCCAAUCACAGCACAGCUCGCUGUCCAUGACCAAUCCUUCUUCCCCCUUCGAGCACUCACCGUCUGCAGCGCGGCAGCUGCAGAUCAUUGCCCUCUCCUCCGGCCGCCAGCCUCAACCCGGAGUGUACGGCCACGCAUCGGUGCAGUCGCCACCUCCGGUUGCAGAGCCGCCGGAGCUUUCAAGCCAAUCAAGGCGGACCCUGAGCAGCGAAGAUGUGCUUCCUCUUCCUCUCAACCCCUCGUUGCCAAAAACAACCUCUCCUCUGCCCUCGCCUCCGUCUCUCCUGAGUCCGGCCUCUCCGCCGAGUCAAGCUGGAGCUCAGUCACAAACUCUGGUCCAGAGAGGAGAGACGAAGGAGAGCGAGGAGCAGAGAGACCGAGGGCGAGGGCUGCGACACGGAAUCAGAGACGAGGGGAGUGUCGACCUGAGGGUGGAGAAAGAUGACCAAAGAGAGAGAGCGAAGGAGGAGAAAGCACGGCUCCCGACCCAGAAGGAGAUCAGUCAGAAAGAGCAGGAAGCUGCGAUGGGCAGAGAGGAAGUAGAAAUGGAAGUGACAGAGGAAGGUCAGGGUGACGGAGAGAGAGGAGAGGACAGCGAAGAGGAGAAGAUGGAGGAGGAAGCAGAGAGCGCCAUGGACCGGUCUGAGAAGCUGAACACCAAUCAGCUUCUCCAUCAGCACCAGAACACGGAUCCCAUCCCGACGCCUGAUGCUGUUAAAGACUCCAGCGUGGAACUCAAACCCCCCCUGGGUCUUAUUCUGGCCUCGGCCCCGGUCCAGGCUUCAGUCCCGCCCCCCGUCCCAGGACCGCCUCCUGUCCCAGAGGCGUCCGUCCAAAGGCUGCAGGAGUCUCACCGAGAGCCGCAGGCCGUCAGUCAGGAGGACUUCUGUGAGAACAUGUCCACGCAGUCCGACAACCAGUCAGCUCUGUCCAGCCUCUCCUCCCAGUCCCCCCCCUCCUCACCCUUCAUCACCCCCGCCGCAGAAAACCCUCCCCUCCUCCUCCCCACUCACAGCGCCCACACGGCCGACCUGGGACCGUCGCGGCAUGAGCCCCAAAAGGUCGAGGAACCGGUCGAAGAGUCGCAGCACCCGGCGGAGAGCGAGAGCGAGCCUCACGGCCAAUCAGAGGACGAGUCAGAGAGCUUCGGCAGCCCCUGGGAGCCGAGGGCGUGGCCUGAGGGACGACUGGUUCUGACUCACCUGGGAGGGUUCGUCAUCCAGGAGGGGCUCCAACCGUUUCCUGUGAACCGUUCGUCCCUGCUGGUUCCUGAGCAGGUGACAACGCCACAGGAAGUGAACGGGACCAAUGGCAGGGCGGCGUUGCCUGUGACGGACACGCCGAAACAAGCCGAGCACUCCACCGACUCAGACGAGGAAGACGGAGGCGACACGGACGACCCCGGGACGAGGUCGGCUCCCAGGGACCGAACGGUGCUUCACUGCCAGUUCUGUGGGAAAAGAGGCCACGCCCACAACUUCAUGCGGUCCAAACGCUUCUGCUCCACUUCCUGUGCGCGCGGGUUCAACGUACGUCUGACCAAGCGCCUGCGGGCUCUGAGCGCCGGCAGCCGGUCCGAGCGGCCCCGGCCGGCUCUGAACCGGGCCGAGUCGGUGCCUGGGAAACCUCUGUUACUGCGGCUGCCUCGUGACCUGUGGAGCGCAGGUCGCCGGGAGAAGGAGGGAAAGGAGAGGCCGCCGGCGGCAGAAGAGGAGGAGGAGGACAUGGAGGAGGACAUGGAGGGAGGAGGAGAGGAGGAAGGUGAAGAUGGAGGAGAGCAGGAUCCUGCCGUUGCCGUGACAGCGAGGAUGGAGCGGCGGGCGGCUCGCAGGGCGAGGAGGGCGUCCGCACCUGCCACGACCACCUCCACACCCACGACCACAUUCAAGCCGGCCCCCUCUCAGUGGAGCGUGGAGGACGUGACUGCCUUCAUACACACACUGCCAGGCUGCAGUGACGUGGCGGAGGCGUUCCGGCUGCAGGAGAUCGACGGCCAGGCUCUGCUGCUGCUGACCGAGGACCAUCUGAUGACCAGCAUGAACAUCAAGCUGGGACCGGCUCUCAAGAUCUGUGCUCACAUCAAGCGCUGAAAAACCAAUGAGGGGGGGGGGGGGGAACAAAACAGAGAGACCAAGAGGAAAAAUGAGGAACGAAUGAGGUGGAAGGAAAACUGGCAAUAAAGACAAAAAUGUGAAAUUUGAAAAUGAAGAAGAGAGCAAGAGAGUUUGGAAACAGGAGCUCGACACCGAGGAUGACAGGACAAAGUCACAAAAACAGAUUCACGGUACUUUAUGAGAUUAUAAAUCGAGGUGUGGCCUUAGCUGACGGAGACGGAGGAGACGUGCGGACGCAUGAAGUCGCCGGAGCCCAGAAGUGGAAUCGGUUUCGGCGCUGUGACGGUAGCUGGAGACCAACGGGGCGGGGCGGGGGUUUUGUAACUUUGUGUAUAUUUUACAUGCCGCAGGAGAGUGUACAUUUGAAGCUAUUUCACGAAGGAUUUUGAACAUUUAAUAUAUAAAAUUUGUCUAUUUAGUUUUUUUAGAACGUGACGUCAACGGCAAAUCUAUCCAGUAACUAACAUAACCGCCGGUGUGUGUAAAAGAAAAAAAUAAUAACAACACGUAGACUUUGUAAGUGAUUAAUGAAAGUUUAAUGUUUUAUAUCAUUAUAUUCUGGACAAAAACACGUCUGUGGAUUAAACAAAAGAGAAGUCACUAUCA